UUGCCUCCGGCAGCGGCCCGGGCGGGAAGCUAAGCAGAGUUGGGCUCGGGUGGCACUUGGGCGGGAGGCCACCAGGAAGGACAAGUGGGCUAGACUGGGAAUUUAGAAGAAGACCCCUGAAGGUGGCGGCGCGCUGCUUCUAGCCUUCUGCCGAGAGAGUCCGCAGGGACUUCGCCUUUUAAGCCCAUUUCGCGCCCGGCGGCUUGGGUGACUGAGGCGGCCCGGGGAAGGUCUGCUGGCGAGCCCUGGCCCUGCUUCCUGGCUGCUGGACCUCUCGGGCCGAGCAGUUUCCAGGAGCUUUUGCCCGGCCUUUGGCAGCUGCGUGCAGAGCGAUUCUGCUUCAGUGCCCCCCCUCCAAGGGGGACACGGUGCUCGUGCCGGAGGGCAGACGCGGCCCGGCUGGCCCACGGGCCCCUGCCCUCCUGGCAGAUUGUGUGGGUUGGACCGGCAUAGGUCAGGAGCCUAGUGGCGGCUCCCCGUCACCAGCCGCGUGCUCGGGGGGGGGGGGGGGAACCGGCAAUUGCCCCCUGCGCGCGAGCUCCCUGCCUUGGCUGACAUUGGGCUGCAGUGGGGCGCCUGCUUGGGACAGAAGGCAGCCCCAGCGGUGCCACGGCUGGGGGUGGCAGGCACAGGGGCACCAACUCCAGCCAGGCUUCUUGGGGCUCAGCCCAGUUGGCCCUGGCAGGGGGCUGCUCUCCUGGGUUCGGACGGGCCCUUCCCCGGCCUGCCCAGGAGCGGGUGGCUGUGCCCGGGGCUGCCUGCCUCCGACCCACAAGAGAGGGCUUGAGGGUUCCUGCCAGAGAGGCCGGCUUGCUCGGUGAGUCAGAGUGGGCGCCUUGCGUGGAUUAGGAAGGCCUCUGAGAGCGAGGGGGCCACGGCUGGCCAACUGGCCACCCUGCCCCUCUGAGCAGCCCGGCAGAGACACUGAGCUGGACGGCCUUUCUCUGCUCCGGGCAGGGUCAGCUUCCACCUCAGAAGUGCCACCGGGCCCCCCAAGAGCGAAGGAGAUGCGAGGAGGAGGCCUCUCGGCCCGGCCCGGCCUGGCCCGGCCCGGCCUUCCCUCCCUCGCUUCAUUGGUAUCUGAGGCACGUCCAGCCUGCGCCCGCUUCUGCCUGAUCCCGCGAGGAGGGGCUGCUCCAGAGCUGACUUGUCCGCGAUGGUUUGCCGGCCGCUGGGGCCGGAGCUGUCGGCACUGUGGAAGGAGAAGGAGGCAGCUUGUUGGGUGGCCCCCGGAGCAAUCUUUGGAGUGGGCAGGAAGGCAACGAAGCUGCUUGAAAGCAGCCUGCCGGCCCAUGGCGCCAUGAUGUUGCUACGCAGUCGGAGGCUGACUCCCCUCCAACGGCGGUGGGGGGGCAGUUGGGUCAUCCUCAGCAGAGCAGCAGGCUUCCUCUUGACAGCUCUCCAGCAGCAGCGGGGAGGGGGGGGUUGGCUUUGACUCUCCUCCCCCCGCACGCACCCAUACACUCCUGCAGAUGCCCCCUUUCCUCCUUGGUGAGCAAACCUUUGGUUGGCUGCAAGGAAAGAAAGACGGCUUUGUGGGGAGGGAGCAUUUGUUCUCAGAGCAGCAUUAGGCAGGAUAGAAGUUCCCCAUGGCAGUUGCCCCCCCCACGCUCUUCAGGGUUUGCACUUGACAAAAUUGGAUGUGAGGAGGGUGUGAACAUCCCCAAGGCUUCAGUGGCUUUCCACUUGAAAACCUCAAGUGAUCCCCCCCCCUUUUGCAGGCAGGCCUUUUCCAGCUUGGCACAGCAGCCUUCCCCUUCCAGUGCAGGGACGCAGGGAUCUGGUCCUCCCCAGCGGGCAAACUGGCUGGCCUUUUACCCUGAAACCAGCUGGACGUGCUUAGCUUUCAAGAGGGAAGCCGGAGGGGAGAGAGGACCGCGGUCUGCAGUGGGUAGAAAAGCUGCCAUGUUGAAAGGGAGGGCAGGCCGAGGCACUGUGGGCCGAAAUUAAAGGCAAGGAGAUCUGGGCUGAAUAACAGGAGAAGCCUGCAAAUCCCAGUCGGCGAGAAGCUGCACAAAGGAAGAGGCAGAGACAGAGGCGCAACCUGCAGAAUGACGUCCUUCCUGCUGGGCUGGAGGCUUGCAAACCAAGGGUGGGCAGUCAGUGGCCUGGCAUGAUUGCCAGGCUCACGCCACUUGUGUAGCCGCUUGUUUGCUGAAGGAACUCUUCUUGGAGUUGCGCAAUUCCUGGCUGGGUCCCCGUAGCUCUCACUAGCAGCGCGUGAGUGACACGAGCAGGAGAGAGCCGGGGCCCUGUGGUCGUGCUGGUGGGCAUCUGGCCAGCACGGUGGUCUGGGCUCCGGGUUGGCUGCUGCUGAGGCCCGUCUCCACAUCUGUCAACAGCCUCUUCUUGGCCCCCUCCUGUGGGAAACAGCCAUCUCCCUCUUGCACGCUUGGCAUCUGACCUGAGCUCUUCCCGCGCCAGGCGAGCCGUCUGUUGUGGGGUUUGACCGUCUGCUCCCUGCCUCCCUGUGUGGCUGGGCUGCUGCGGUUGGUGCGCUCAGGUGCUUGUGCCUUGAGCCGCCGCUGUGCCCAGUGCCUGAGCUGGGCAGGCAUUUCUGGUGAUGACCGCCACGAGCUCCGCAGCCCAGGAAGGAGGGCAUGGGUCACCCCAGCCUGAUGCAGGACUCUCACCGCUUGCAUGGGCGAGGCUGUUGCUGAGAAAGGAAGAGGCCGCUCUGCCUGUCUGCCUGGGGGGCUUCCCAGGGGGGCCGCCUUUGUCCCAGCCAGGUGAGCUUUGUACAGCUGCCCUGCGUAGCGAUGGCAUCUCACUCACCCCAACGGCCCCGUCCAAUGGAAGGGAGCCCGCGUGGCCGGGGAGGCCUCGGGUGGGCUGGGUGGGCUGGCAGGGGAGCCUGAUGUCAGGCAGAGCUGGAGUGGACCCCGGAGGGCUUCUGGGCAGGGCCACGAGGGCACAGAGGCCCGCCCUGCCAGCAGCUCUCAUUCUGGGACAGACUGGCAACCAAGUGCCUGGCAGGGCAGGCCUCACUGUUCCUUCUUGUGAACUUAGAGGUGGACGAUGGUGAGACUAUAUCAAGGGCUCCGUGACGGUGUGCCUUGGAGGGGGAGGGAUACGUGGAUCAGCAUUCCUGUUCUGAGGCUGUCUCGGGGCAGGCUGGUAUGCCCGCUUGUCCUUUCCUGUCGCACUCAAUCGCCAGUGGUACAGUCUUGGGCCCACAUGUGCUUUGCCAGCUGCAGCAAAAGUCCCACCCAAGCAAUGGGGGACUCAGGAGGAGCAAAGACGCUACCUGCUUGCUCCUGUCCUAAAAGUGCAGACCGGGAAUCUCUGCUGCCCUUGGGUGACAGCUGGGCCUGGGCGCUGUCCAGGACAGAGAGCUCUGCCAAGUGCCAACUUGGGUUUCUUGGCACCGGCAGCGGCGUUUGGAAGGGGCUUCCUCUUCUGUGUUGUCACCUGUCCUCGUGGAAGCUCUGGAGGCAACUGAGGGAAUGAUGGCACAGUGAAGGGGAGCUGGUCUUGCCUCUUCUUGGGAAAGGGGCCCUGCCCUCCUCGCCCCAUGGCAGCCAUGGCUGCUGUGUGGGGGCAAAGCGCGAGGAUUGGGGAGAGGUGGGAAGGCCCAGGCCUUGCCUGGUUCUGUCCACGAUCCUCCUGUGAGGCUGUACGGACCCCACGUGGACAGCCAGCAGUGGGCAUGGUGCCAUGGAAGGCGGGUUGGCCGGUGGUGACAAGCGAGCCUUCCAGAGUGAUCUGCGCGCCUUUGAAUUGACAGCCCCCGCCUGUCUCUUCUCUGGCGCUCGCCGGGCCAGUGGCUGUGAGUCCCCCGCCUGUGCCUCCCGGGCCCUCCUCCUGGAGCCAGCUUUGGUGUCUGACUGGCUCCACUGGCCAUGAGAAAGCUGCCCCCUUGGCUAGCCCCUGGGCUGUCCCAAGUCGGGCCAAGCCAGUGGCUCUCCGUUACUUUCCCGGUCUGUGGGGUCAGCUUUGAAAUCUUCCCCACCUGCUCCCCUCCGCAAAGGAAGCCCGCUAAAGAUACCUGCAUCAGGCCGGUGGCCCGUCUACUACACGGCGCCUGACACGCUGGCCGGCCAGAGCCAUGGUAGGGGCGGUUGCCGUGUCUGCUCCCAGCUAGGGCUGGCUCGGUGUAGGGGCCGCCGAACGUCCAGGCUGCCAUGAGUCUGUCCAGGGCUGGGUUUUUUGUCUUGUUUUUAUUGGUUGUAUGCCAUCAGUUUGUUGUCACUCUCAGCAACCACAUGGACAGAUUUUCUCCGUGACAAUGUGCGGGAGUCAUCCUCUUCCGCUUGCAGACUCCGUCUCCCCCAGAAAUGAAAUCCAGGAGGGGCGGGUCCCUGGAAUUGUAGCCCCACUCCAGAGUGGUCCUCCCCUGUGUCAAAAGGUUGGGACUCACAUCCUGCUGCUCCUUGCUCGUGUGUGAAAAAUCAGGAGUCUGGUGGCCCCUUUUCUGACUCCCAGAUUUUGUGAAAAUUUCUUUCACAAGCCUCUUCGUUUCAUGCCCGGGGUGGCUCACCAGGUGCAUCUGGCAAAGGGAGCCGCAGCUCACAGAAGCUGCUGCUUUUUAAUCAAAUUUGGGAGUUGGGAGAGGGGCUACCAGACUCCUCCUGAUUUUUUGCCAACAUAGACUAACGCGGCUCUCCUCCUACAUUGUCUGCAUGUGUUUUGUUUCUUGAAAAGAGACUUUGAAAAGAGUCUCACAGUGGUUUAUAUUUUUGAAGGUAGGUGUUUCAGCUGGAGAGUCAAAUUCAAGGGAAUUAUUUUUGUCUUGGCAAAGAGGAGAAAUAAUCGAGAUCUCUGGGGGAGGCAUUGCCCCAUGGGGUGCUACCCUAGCUGGAUUGUGGGAACUAAGUCCUUAACUAACGUGGGAACUAAGAAAUCCCAUCCCCGAGAGGUUCAGGCACGAAAGAACUGAAGAAAGCUCUAGAGGGGAUCUAGCCCCGAGAAAUCCAAGGCUGGCUGGGGGAGGGAUGUUUCUCGGGCAGCUCAGCUUUUGAAAAGAGGAAGGAAGAGCUCCGCUUCGGCCUCUUUUGGUGCUGGUGGGGAGCUCAGCCUCUUUCCUGAACAAGCCAGCCCAGUAGCGGCCUGGUUGCCGGGACCCUGGGAUUGGCAGUGCAGAGGGCAGAGAUGGAGCGACCGGGCGAAGAGCAGAGUCGGACGCAGGCGAGCACUGGUCUCGGGCGGAAGCGUUGCGCUCUUAUCCCGGGCGGCUUGAUCUGCCUCUGCGCGUGGUGGGUGCGCCCGUGUUGCGAUUCCCCCAGCAGACAGACUCGUCUCAUUCUCCUUUACUUCCUUUUCCUUUUGGCUCUCGACUCCCUUUCCCCUCCUCCCCUUAGCCUCGUUCUACUUCGUAGAGACUUGCAUUUCCUUCUGAGCUUGACGCCCUCGGCCUGAAAGGGUUUCAGCCCUAGUGCAGACACCUCCCUGCUUGUUCGGCUACAAAAAUGGACGGGAAGGCGAGGUGCCUCUUCCCAAGUAACCCAGUGCAGAGAGGGACCUUCUCCGGAUGAACGUAGAAGGGGCAGCAGAUGGGGGCCGAGAGGGCAUAGGCAGAGGGUCCAGAGGCCCUGUGGGAACCGAGGGCCCAGCCAGCAUGUUGCUGUCGCUCUGCGGGCACUGCCUGUUACAGGAGCUUGCCCUGCCACGGCCUUGAGUUCCGCCUUGCCCAGCCAAAGUGGGCAUAGAAAUGACACUCAGAUAUGUUGCCAUCUCCUUCCGCCGGGGGCGUAACUGCUGAUGACCAAAGGCCAAUAUGCCGCCUCGCCUGCCACGAGCAGCCACCCCCCGCCCCCUGCUCUCGGUGCUGCAGCAGCUCGUGGCUAGAGUAGCUCCGAGGGCGUCGGAUCGCCUUCAGUCAGAGAAAAUUUAGCAGGUGGACUUUCUCAGCCCAAACAAAUUAGGGCACGCAGGCUGGGGAAAAGGCAAAUGUGUUUCUCCCCAUUUGUUUUAGCUUCUAGCAAACCCCAUGGUUAGGGACAAGGACAAGAAAGCAUGGCAAAGCGUGCCCUGUUUAAAGAGAGCAAAAACUAAUAAUCAGAUCCGGGGUGUCUGCAGGACGUGGUCCAGAGAGGCGCAAGGGUGGUGCUGGAGGUGCAGUCAAAGCCCUGCUUGUCUUUCUGUGCAACACACAUAAAAAGCAAGUGGAGUUUUGAUUCUGCUGUCGUGGUCGGCCCUCCUGCCCUUCUGGACCAUACCCUGCAGACCUUCCCGAUCAGGCCAAACCAGGUUAAACGUAAACACGUUUCCUCUUUCAGAGCUCACCCAAGGAAAUCUGGCAGCUGCCACGGGGAGGUCUGGUGGGGCUUCUGGAAGGAGCUUAGGCUGUGCGGUGUUUCUGCUCGGGCCUCGUGAUCUGCCCUGGGCGCAGCAUGCAAAGAGGCGUGAGGCGGGUGCACCGUAACGUUCAACAGCUUUUUCUCUCGGCUGCCUUCAGUUCAGUCUCGAUGUGGAGACUGCCCGGGCUAGUCCCUGCGGUUUUCUUGGCAAGAUUUUUCAGCAGCGGUUUGCCCUGGCUUUCUUCCUGGGGCUGAGAGAGAGGAAGCCUGGACCCAGGUCCCAACCGGCUUCAUGCCUCAGGCAGGACUAGAACUCGCAGCCUCCCGGUUUCUAGCCUGGGGCCUUCACCGCUGCACCAAACUGUCUCUCAACAACUGUAGUCUGAGUUAACGCAGCCUGCAGUCGGGGGAUGAAGGGCAACGUGAUGGAGCAGUGGGGCACGUAGGAGAUGGUGUCCUCCUCUUGGGUCUGACGCCUUGGCCGUCAUCUGAGCAAGCUCCUUCCAGCUGUGCCCAGCCAGUGUCUUCUGAGAAGACCACAAAUGGGGCAGGAAGGCAGAAGCAAGCCCCACUGUUUGCCCCCCAAGUCGCUGGCCUCUCUGAAAUGGCAGUCUCUCCUUAAAUGCUUUGCGCGAGAGGCAUCGCCCCUUCCCGUGGCAGCGAGUUCCACACGCAUAUUACGCCAUGCCCUGUGGGCUUCGCCUCAACAUUACUGAGCGGGACUGGAACCCACAGCUCUGGCUCCCUUCUGUGAGAGUGCCACACAUGCAGCCACAUCAGGGUUUGCCUGCUUGUGCCAGGGGAGGCAAGCUCCCUUCUCUCCACACGUGGAGACCGUAGCAGACCCUGGGCGGGAAGCCUCCCUGGGCUACGGUCGGGUUGCAGCCAAGCCCGUGCCAGCAUAGAGGGACCCGCUCGCCCCAGCAGACCAUGCUCUUCCUGAGCCAGGGCCCUCCUGGUCAGGUCAUAAACCGGAAUAGGCAGAAGAGGGCUUGAGAAUCCCCUUGGGUGGGAGAGGGGUGCCGGGCAGGGCAGGGCAGAGAGCGGCCUGUGCUGCUUGAUAAGGGUCCUGCGGGCUGGCCGAGCAGUGAGGAGACGCCCUGCAGAAGAACUGCCGCCGCCUUCUCUCCUCCGCUGGGAGGUUCCUUUGUGAACUCAGCAGCGGUCCUGGGAGGGGGCUGCUGGAGCGUCCUCUGGGGGGCGGGGUGGGGGGCAGCCGGGCGUUGGCCUUGCCCCUGGUGAUUCUGGGUGUGGUUUCUUGCCUCUGCCAGGUCACGGGCUGCCUCGAGGAGGUCUCUUCUGCCAGCCCCAUCUGCUCCCCAGGGCCCUUCCAUGGGUAGCUUCAGUGCCGCAGGUGCCCUGGUGAGUGGGACUGAGGAUGGAUAGCCCCCCCAAGCUGACUGGAGAAACAUUGAUCGUCCACCACAUUCCCCUGGUGCAUUGCCAGGUCCCGGACCACCAGUGUGGCAGCGCCAGCCAGCGGACCAACCCUUUCUUCCCUUCUGACCUGGGGGUUAGGCGGACCAGCUCGCUCCCCGAGAAGAGCCUCUUGCAGGGGGACUCGUUGGUCUGCGGCAGCUUCCUCCGGCCGGCCGGGGCUCUGGAAGAGGAGCCGGCAGGCAGGCCAAGCCCUUCCCCCACCCUGGCUGCCCCGGCGGCCCCCCGGCGGCAGAACCCCUUCCUGCUGAGGGACGGCGAGGCCUGGGAUCUCUGCGAAGACGACCUGGGGCAGAAGGCCUUCCACCUGCAUAACGCCCUGCCCGCCCGCCGCCUGCACGAGCUGGCCCUCCCCCCCUUCCACUUGCACAGCAGCAGCCCUGUUGUGAAGCCCUGGUGUGGCAGUCGCCGGGUGGACGUGGUGGAAGGUCGCGUUGGCCUGCCGGCCGACGAGGCCCAGGAAAAGAGCCGCGUGGCGGCAGAAUGCAUGGAGCUGGACGAGUACAGCUGCCACCGCGGGGACCCCUCCAGUUUCUCCUUGGAGCAGGAGUGGGCCAGUGAGUCGGACGAACUGAUGAACAACCCGGAGGCCGUGCGCAGCCGGACCUGCGGCUGCUCCCACUCUGAGCUGCAGCGCUGCCGGUGCUACGGCCUCUCCAGUCAGCUGGAGCCUCUGGACCAGCAGAUGGGCUACGUCAGCGACUCCUCCUGCAACAGCUCCGAUGGAGUCCUGGUGAACUUCAGCACCCUCUACCAGAGGAGGAAUGGCCACCCGCAUGCCAACCUGAACUCAGGCAACUUGUCCUGCGGCUCUUCUUCUGGCAGCCCAUCGGACAUCGCGGCCUUUUACCUCGAUUUGCACGCCUCGUCCCAGGAGUCGAAGAUGCCCGGAGAGCUGCGUGAUCUGGAGGGGCCAGGCAAGGCCUGCGGGUGCCACCGCCCCUCCUCCCCGGUCUUAGAUGCCAACUGCAACUCCUACCCACCUCUCUGCGAUCCGUGCCCGUCCGACGGCUCCGACCUCACUGCCUGCUUCCAAAGCCAAGCGCGGCUAGUGGUGGCCACCCAGAACUACUACAAGCUGGUGACGUGCGACUUGUCCUCCCAGUCCUCCCCCAGCCCGCCUGGCUCUUCCAUCACCAGCUGCUCCGAGGAGCAGACCAGGAGCAGCCCGGUCCAGCCCACCGAAUACUACCUCUUCCAGAGGCCUGAAGAGAGCGACACGGAGGGUUCCCGGGACGAAUCGCAGGAGGAGUCGGAGAAGAACGCUAUCCAGGGACAGGUCUACAUCAACGUCUCCCCUCCCAGCCUCGCUGGGGGGAGGCAGCGCUCCCGGAGCUACGACCGCCAUCUGGACCGCAGCCCCACCAGCCGGCUGGGCUCCUUGGAGCGCAUGCUGAGCUGUCCGGUCAAGCUGAGCGACGGCUCCUCCCUGCCUCUCCAGAGCUCCCCGCCCAAGCGUGUCACCUCCUUCGCAGAGCUGGCCAAGGGCCGGAAGAAGAACGGCUCCUCGCCACCCAUUCGGACCAGCCGGGACUCGUCCCUGGAGUUCUCGCCGAUCCCAGAGUGCCAGCGGGACAGUGGCUCUGUCUUCCUGGAGAAUCCGGAGCGGCCCAGCCAGAGCUUCCCGCCCCUGCCCUUGGCGCGCUCCCUCGGCCGCAGCUCCGAAGGCGAACUCAAGGCGGCCAGAGAAGCCCCGAGCUCCAGGGAGGUGCCCUCCGGUGGGCAGGAAGGGGCCGAGCCCCUCUUUUUCUCAGCGGUGGCAGAGACGGGGGCCGGUGCCACCAGUGCCCUUGGCCAGAAAGACAUUCGAGCCCGAGCUGAUGGCGGCGCAGCGGACGGCAAAGUUGUGCGCUACAGCAAGGACCAGCGUCCCACCACGUUGCCCAUCCAGCCCUUCGUCUUCCAGCAUCACUUUCCCAAGCCGGCAAAGGGCCGGGCCCUGCGCAGCCAUUUGGCCUCCAGCCUCUCCCAGCUCUACGGCCCCUCUGCGGCCACCGCCGCCGGCCGCCCGGCCAGCCGGCCCCUUUCCUCCGCCUCUCAGUCCUCCACCGCUGCCGAGGGGCCUCUGGGGCAGGGCCAGCGUUCUGCCGAUGGAGCGGCUUCCCUUGGCGAUGGCUGUGCCAAGAGGGUGCCAGGGCCAGAGACCACCCGCCCGUCCCCGCUGGGCAGUUACUCUCCGGUGCGCAACAGCGUGCCUUUCUUCCAGAGCGCGGAGUCCCCCUCCUGCCCGCCCACCCCGGAGACUCAGCCACCCCGCAGCAAGUCCUGCCCGGUCUCUGCCAACCUCUUGCCCAGCAUCAAACCUUCCCCAGCUGCUGGCAGCUGUGCCACCCAGGGCGGUCCUGGCACCGGUGUCCUGCACAAGCAGAGCGAAAUCCCCUCGCCAGUGGCCAAGAAGGAUGACCCCCCGCACCCCCCCGCGCCCCUCGCCACGAGCCAACCCCCCCGCCAGGAGCCACAGUGA